AUGAGCAGCAAGGAGCUGACGGUGGGCCAGUCCAGCCAGUACGUGGGGCCUUACAGGCUGGAGAAGACCCUCGGGAAGGGACAGACAGGGCUGGUGAAGUUGGGUGUCCACUGUAUAACAGGACAGAAGGUGGCCAUAAAGAUUGUCAACAGAGAGAAACUCUCUGAAUCAGUUCUAAUGAAGGUGGAGAGAGAAAUAGCUAUUCUUAAACUAAUAGAGCACCCCCAUGUUCUGAAGCUGCAUGAUGUCUAUGAGAAUAACAAAUAUCUGUACCUGGUUUUGGAGCAUGUGUCUGGCGGAGAGUUGUUUGACUACCUGGUGAAGAAGGGCAGGCUGACCCCCAAAGAGGCCAGGAAGUUCUUCAGACAAAUCAUCUCUGCCCUCGACUUCUGCCACAGUCACUCCAUAUGUCACAGAGACCUGAAGCCAGAGAAUCUUCUCCUGGAUGAGAAGAACAACAUCAGGAUAGCAGACUUCGGCAUGGCCUCGCUACAAGUCGGAGACAGCCUGCUGGAAACCAGUUGUGGAUCCCCGCAUUAUGCUUGCCCAGAGGUCAUAAGGGGGGAGAAGUACGAUGGUCGCAGGGCAGAUGUUUGGAGUUGUGGAGUCAUCCUCUUUGCUCUUCUUGUGGGUGCCUUGCCCUUCGACCACGACAACCUGCGGCAGCUUCUAGAGAAAGUGAAGAGCGGAGUGUUCCACAUGCCCCACUUUAUACCUCCUGACUGCCAAGCUUUGCUGAAGGGGAUGAUAGAAGUCAACCCUGACAAGAGACUCACGCUAGAAGCAAUACAGAAACACGCCUGGUACCAGAGUGGUCGUAAUGAGCCUUGCCCAGAGCAGCCGCCUCCUCGUCGUGUGUGUGUGAAGAGGAUCCUGUCCUUAACAGAGCUGGACCCUGACGUGCUGGAGAGCAUGUACUCUUUAGGGUGCUUCAGAGACCGGGUCAAACUCACACAGGACCUUACAAGUGAGGAGGAGAACCAGGAGAAGAUGAUCUACUACCUCCUGUUGGACAGGAAGGAGCGAUACCCCAGCUGUGAGGACGAGGAUCUGCCACCCAGAAAUGACGUUGACCCGCCCAGGAAGCGUGUGGACUCCCCCAUGUUGACACGUCAUGGCCGCUGUCGUCCAGAGAGGAAGAGUCUGGAAGUCCUCAGUGUCACAGAACAGGGGUCUCCCACGCCACCUCGCAGGGCCCUGGACACUAAUGCACACAGCCAGAGGUCUCGUUCAGUCAGCGGGGCGUCCACAGGUCUGUCCUCCAGUCCAAUCAGCAGUCCCAGGAGCCCGGUCUUCACUUUCAGCCAAUCAGAAGUCACCUCCGCUUCCUCCUCCAAAGACCCCAAACCAGGAAGUGCUACCACCUCUCGGCCUACCCGCCCAACGCCUGACCCAAAAACCCAGACCCUGCCCUCAAAGGGCCCCGCUGAACGGCCCCAGCUUCACUCCAUGAAGUCCCUCCCUCUUCAGGCUCCACGUUCCCCUUCCCCAUCUCCAUCCCCGCUCCUCUCUCCCAUCCCACGCUUCUUCAACUUCCCCUCUCCAUCUGUCUUCAAGUCCAAGAACGUCCACUCGUCCUCUAACUCCUCUGCCACCCCUCCUCCUGUUUCGCAGGUCACGCCACAGGGCUCACCACUACCCACCCCACUGGGCACGCCUGUGCACCAAAUCCAACACCCUUCCUCCACCACCCCUCCCUCCUCUUCCUCGUCGUCUUCUUCUUCCAGAGCAGACGGAGCCGGCGGGGCAUCGCUGUCGCUGACCCCGCCCUCCAGCCCGGGCGGCAGUGGCGGGAUGGCCGCCUCAAGCUCCGCCCACUGGAGAACAAGGCUCAACUCAUUCAAAAACAACCUGCUGGGCUCGCCACGCUUCCAUCGGCGCAAACUGCAAGUCCCUACAUCAGAGGACAUGUCCAGUUUGACUCCAGAGUCCAGUCCAGAACUGGCCAAGAGGUCCUGGUUUGGGAACUUCAUCAGCCUGGAGAAAGAGGAGCAGAUCUUUGUUUUGAUUCGAGACAAGCCGCUCAGCUCUAUCAAGGCUGACAUCGUCCACGCCUUUCUCUCCAUCCCGUCCCUCAGCCACAGCGUGGUGUCUCAGAACAGUUUCCGGGCAGAGUACAAGUCCUCUGGUGGCCCCUCUGUCUUCCAGAAGCCUGUCAAGUUCCAGGUGGACAUUGCUUUCUCCGAGGGAGAGAGAGAGCGAGAGAGGGAACGAGCGGAGAGGGAAGGAAGAAGGGAGAUGGGCAUCUACAGCGUCACCUUCACUCUAAUAGCAGGUCCCAGUCGCAGAUUCAAAAGAGUGGUGGAAACCAUUCAGGCUCAGCUCCUGAGUACUCAUGAUCAGCCCUCUGUGCAGGCACUGGCUGAUGAGAGGAACGGUCAGCUUUCCCGCCAGCCCAGCACUCCUUCGCGCCAGAACUCUCGGCGUUCUGAAAGUGGAUCGGAUCGGGAGCGGGGAGAGAGGGAGCGUGCAGCGGAUGGGGGGAGCGGAAGUGGGAGCAGCAGUAGCACCGUCUUACAAAGGCGAGGGUCAGGGAAGGACAAGACCAGACUCCUCUCAUCGUCAAACGGGACCCAGUCUCAUCCCUGA